GACUAUUUGCAGCUGCUGCUGGACUGCCCCAUCGACCUUGUGGCUAGCUACGAGCUAAGAAUGGCGGGGAAUGCAUGGAGGUCAGCGAUUGUUAACCUACUCAGAAAAUGGAGUUUAAAGCUCAGUGGCCAAGAUAAAAACAAGGCAAAGGAAGUGCAGCAUGUGGCAGGGGCCUUGAGAAAACAGAACAGGACAUUCUCUCAUGGGAUGCAUACUGUUACUUUGAUACCCGGUGAUGGAAUUGGACCAGAGAUCUCCACUGCUGUCAUGAAGAUAUUUGAAGCAGCUCAAGCACCGAUUCAGUGGGAGGAGAGAAAUGUUACUGCCAUUAAAGGUCCUGGCGGAAAGUGGGUGAUUCCUCCAGAUGCCAAAGAAUCAAUGGACAGGAACAAAAUGGGUCUGAAAGGUCCUUUGAAGACACCAAUUGCUGCAGGUCAUCCCUCCAUGAACCUUCUCCUGAGGAAAACCUUUGACCUUUACUCCAACGUGCGCCCCUGUGUUUCCAUCGACGGCUACAAGACCCCCUACACGGACGUGAACCUCGUCACCAUCAGAGAGAACACCGAGGGGGAAUACAGUGGGAUUGAACAUGUGAUUGUUGAUGGAGUUGUGCAGAGUAUAAAACUCAUUACUGAGCAAGCCAGCCAACGCAUUGCAGAAUAUGCAUUUGAAUAUGCAAGAAACAAUAAGCGGGCCAGUGUUACUGCUGUUCACAAGGCUAACAUAAUGCGCAUGUCAGAUGGGCUCUUCCUUCGAAAAUGUAGAGAGGCUGCUGAAAGGAAUAAAGAUAUUAAGUUUACUGAGAUGUACUUGGAUACUGUGUGCCUCAAUAUGGUCCAGGAUCCUACACAGUUUGACAUUCUGGUGAUGCCAAAUUUGUAUGGAGACAUCCUGAGUGACCUCUGUGCUGGACUCAUCGGUGGACUUGGAGUGACCCCCAGUGGAAACAUCGGCACCAAUGGUGUUGCCAUCUUUGAGUCUGUUCAUGGAACUGCCCCAGAUAUAGCAGGAAAGGACAUGGCCAACCCCACAGCCUUGCUGCUCAGUGCAGUCAUGAUGCUGCGCCACAUGGGCCUGCAUGACCACGCAAAGAGGAUCGAGACUGCCUGUUUCGACACCAUUCGAGACAAAAAGGUGCUCACCGGAGAUCUCGGAGGAAAGUCAAAGUGCUCUGAAUUCACAGAAGCAAUUUGUCAACGAGUACGAGAUCUUUAAUAGUAAUUGUCUAAUGUUUGCAUCACUAUGUUCCAAACCAAAACACAUGAAAAAAAUUAUACGUAUUUUAAUGCAUAAUAAAACUGUCUCAGGAUUUGCCAUCCUGAAUAUCUUUUUGUUAUUUGCAUCUGUCUCUUCAAAGCUACAGUUACUUUGUAAUCAGUAUGCAUUUUGUUCUGCUUAAGGAGGGUAUCAAGGAGACUAUUACAGUAAUUAUUAUCAUUAUCAUGAGACUGGUGUGUGUUGAUAACUACUAUACUGUAGUUAUGCUCUACUGUGGAACUACACUUGAAUUAAAGUCAAGUUAUUACUAUUGUGAAAAUACCUUUAGAUUAUUUAUCAAAUUGAAGUCUAUUUGGACGGGAAAUAUUGAGAGGUGCUUUAAUGCUUUUCAUACAGCUUUGUGUCAGAUAUGAAUGUACUAUAUUACAUCAUAAUGCUAACAUGA